AUGGCAGAUUCACCAAAUGAUAUCGAUAUCGAUAUCGAGACUGAUGAAAUACUAAACUUGGAACAAGAACAAUAUCAAAUAGGGUAUCAAGAAGGAGUCGAACAAUCUGCAAAAGAACAGUAUCUCGAAGGUAAGCAAUUUGGCUACCAAACAGGAUUUCAAAGAUUUUUAAUAGUAGGGUAUAUCCGAGGACUUGUGGAAGAUUGGGAGAGCCACAUAUCUGAAUAUGGUUCCAUUGAAUCCACAUUAAGGAAUCAUUUAAAACAAUUGAAAAAUUGUCUCGAUGGCCUACUGAUGAUAAAUGAUGAAGAUUCAGUAGCACAAUUCGAAAUACAAUUGAAAAAAGUCAGAAACAAACUAAGAGUCAUUUGUCAAUUGAAUAAGGAGAGUUGGAAGAUUAAUGACCUUGAUAAGUUGGUUGAACAAGUUGGUGGGUCAAUGCAAGUCAGUGAAAAUGUUGUUGAAAUGUGGUGA